CUUUAUCAUUUUGUGCUAGAUUGGUAUAAAUAUAAUUCUUUAAUAAUGAAUUACACCGUGCACGUUUUCUCUUAACAUUUCUUUUUUACAAUUCAAUGUUUUGUUGAAAUGACACUAAGCUUCAUAUUUAACUGCUUUCUCUUGUUCAGUCUGUAUACAGCUUCAGUUAACACGCGUGCAUGGCGAUGCCGAGAUGCAGCAUGUCUCUAAAAGGAACCUCAACCCCCGUGCUGUUGGAGAAGGAGUCAUAUCCUUGAAGUCCAUCAGGAACGGAGGACCAGAGCUGAACUUCACGGAGACGCUCCCUACAGAGAUGAGCGAGAAGAUCUUUAGCGAGCUGGACGUGAGGAGUCUGUGUCGCGCCUCGGUCACCUGCAAGCGCUGGAACGUGAUCAUCGAGGGCAGCGAUAUUCUGUGGAGGAGCCACUGUCUGAGCGCGCUGGCCGUCUGCCGCAGGGAGGUGGACGGGGACCGGAGCGAUGGACUGUCCUGGAAGGUGACUCUGGUGCGUAAUUACCAGAAGAGCUGCGUGAAAAGAAGAUGGUUAAAGGGAAAAUAUAGCAACAUCCUCUGUGCUGAAGAUCUGCCCCCGAACAGCAUGUGUCCUCUGGACGUGGAGACCUGGGGGGAGAUCCUGGAGGCAGAGCUGGAGAGAUAACGUGCACAGACACUUUUACACCCAUACUGAAACGCUGCACAGACUACCUGCUGAGCACAUACGUGUCUAAAGCACUUACUUUUACUCUUUUUUUAUUAUUUGUACUUUGUCUAAAGCACUUAAUUUUACUAAUACACUUUUUUUUUUUAAAGAGAAUGCUUUGUGUUAAAAAACAAUGAUGAAUGUCAGAGACAUCAGGAUAUGAUUUUAUUCAUGCAAGUGAUCAGGACAGGAAUCCAGACCUUGUUAAAUGUAAUUAUGAGGAACUUGUUAGAAAUGAGGCAUGGAAUUGUAAAUUAGAGUUUUCACACUGAAAUUCAUGUCUUGUUUUAGACUUUGUUUUAUUGACAGUGAAUAUUAUUAGGCUUGCAUAAAUGCAUAAUCUGUUGCAUUACAUCCACCAGCAUUUCACUUUAAAUCCUCUUUUGUAGCCUAGUUCUGGUUAAGAAACGCAUGAAGUUCUUUCUUCCUUGUCCUCUUUCUCCUAUUCCUUUUUUUUUAUUAUUGUUUUGUACUAGUGAAACUAUUAUUAUUAGUGUUAUUAGUAUUAUUCUGUUAGCACUGUGGCCUUGCACCUCCAUGGUCGAGUGGUCGAGUUCUCAGGUCUGUGUGCAUGUUCUCCUUGUAGUUGAUGGGUUUCCUCCAUGUACUCCGGUUUCCCCCCACAGUCCAAAGACAUGCAAUGUAGGCUAAUUGGCAUUUCAAUUGCCUGUAAUGUGUGCGUGUGUAAGUGUGUGUGCCCUGCAAUGGAUUGGCACCCCGUCCAGGGUGUAUCCCACCUUGUGCCCCUAGUCCACUGCUAUAGGGUCCAGGGCCCCCGUGACCCUGUAAUGAGUGAAAUUCUUUAUUAAAAAUAUUUAAUAUAUUCAAUUCAGUUCAAUUUUAUAUGUAUAGCAUGUUUAACAAUAGUCAUUGUCGCAAAGCAGCUUUACAAAAUCAAAACAUCUAUUUUAAAUUGUCUUGGUAAUGGUAAUAUUUAAUGUUGUCGCUCAUAUUGCUGUGUCAACUACAUAUUAUACUUGUAUAAUUAUUUUUCAUUAAAUUUCAAUUUUUUUUA